CCUGCAUUCUGUAUAAACUUCACAUCUAAUGCAUACAAGAUUGUUUUGACCGGCAGCAAAAUGUUUCGUACAAAUCCGAAAUACCGACGUUUAGAAAUGGUGAUAAAAGAUGAAGUUCCAGCACAGUCGGAGAUUCGUGAACGCAUGGGAUCGUCGAUGGCACAAGUGUUUUUUGACCACGGUCAUUCAGAUUCAAGAAAGUUAUUGGGAGUGAUACCUCCACUAAAAGGACCACGCGAAGAGCUCUGGAUAUCACCUAGCGAUCAAUUGAUUCAAAAAGUUGCUCUUGUGCCUCCGUUAACGAAUAAAUACAUCAAAGCAUGUACUCACCAAGGAAUUUUAGCAAUAGGUAAACAGGCGAUGGAAAAAUAUGAACAUGAGUUGUACGAUAAAAUGGUUAAAAAGUAUGAGGAGGAUAAUACAGACACCCGCAAUAUGUUUGAGGCUGAAAAACGAAGAGCCAUACAACUCGCAGAACAAGAACUCCAACUAAAGUAUGAGAAAUAUAUACAAAACUUGCAAGAAGAGUUUAAGCAAACCCUCCAGAUUGCUCUUGCAGAAGCUUUUCGAAAAUGCUCUAAAUCAAUGCAAAAGGCAGUAAUUAGAGAGAGGAUUGAAGUGACAAGAUUGAUGUUAAAGAAGUUACGCGAUGAAAUAAGUUACAUCGUUACUUCCAUUUAUGAAAACUUCGAGCAUUCCAUACGCGUACAGAAAGAAAAUAUGGUUGCUGAUUUUAAUGAAAUUAUCAGGUAUAUUGAACGUGAGUGUGCAAAGACGGAUGUAAAAAUGAAAGAAAUGGAACGAAAUAAGAAUGAGGCUUUGCAAGUACAGCGACAUGAGCUCGAGAUGCAAAAUUUUGCUGAUGUCACCUAUGUUCUGUGCUUGGAGCGUAUGCGUGCCAGUUCCGAAAAGCAUGCAAUCCAUCUAGGUUUUGAGAAACAGAUUCAAGCUCUGAAGAAUUUGGUGAUAGAAGCAAACGAUAUUCUUCAUUUAAUGAAAACUGAAAGUGCGGCUAAGGAAACUAACGAAAAGUCAUGGAAAAAUAAGCUAAUAGAAGUUGUACGAGAAUUCCAAAAAUUCAUUAACUUUGCACUUCGAGCUGUGCCCGGGCAGGCAGAAUUUUUACUUUCGCUUGAAUCAUUGUUGAUACUAGAAGCUGACGAUAAACUACGCGAGGAACAAGAACCCGAAAAAGAAGAAUCUGAGACAUUCCAGACGCGUGCUCAUCCUCAAUUUGAUAUUGUUGAAAUCAUCGAUCCCUCUGGAGAGAAGUGGUUACCUAUGCAGCUUAUUCCUGAUCUGCAGCCAAAACUUUAUUGCACAAAAGAACAGCUGAUAUCCCCGAUUGUGAAAUCAGAAAUUGAUUUAUGCUCGAACAUAGAGUACACUGUUGACAAAGUUCGAAAGGCGUCGAUAAUAUCUCUAAAUAGUUACGAUUCGCUGCCGUUUUGCUUUUUGGAUCAAACUUUAUACGUUCGAUCUGAUUAUCGCGAGAAAAACGAACCGGUAACGAAGACAAUGUUGCAGUUGGCUGCAGAAGGCUCCCGUUGUAUAAUGGAAAUGAAAAAGCAUAAGCCUUGUAACCUGAAAACUAUAGACAAUAUCAAGGACUCCGUAUUAUCUUCAAAUACAUCAGAGAGUUCUGCGUUGGAUUUAACAAACAAUUCAGCAGCAGACUCAAUUCCGGUGGUAGAUCCUGAAUACAAAGUCUUGGAUCAAAAAUUGACUAAAUCUAUAUUCAGGACGAAUCAUGCUAGUGAAACAUCAUCUCUACAGUCAGCGUACAUUAAUAAUGCACAAGAUAAUGCUCCGAAUCAUUCCAGUAAAAUGAACGGCAUUUCCAAUCAUUUGAAGAUGGCGGAAAACACUAGUAUCAGUUUUGAAGACAGUGGACAGACGUUUAAAGUUAUCGGCGAGGAUGGUAUCGAGCAUUUGCAAACAACGUCAGAUUUCACGUGCGCCCGAAUGCGCUCCUUAAUUCGCAUCUUUAAACUCCAUCCUAGUCUCCAACAGAUAAUGAUACCAAAAGCAAACGAGGUGUUACACUGACCAUUAGGAUUCAAAUCAAUGAGAGAUGCUAUCUAUAUGCAGAAAAUAUAACAAGGUGGACGUUCCGUAUUCAAAUAUGAAAGUUUUUUUCCAACGGAUAUUAUACUCUCUAGGGACUCAAUGUAGCGGAAGAAAAGUGUAAACGCAUGCACGAAGUUUCCUGUCCGUUUACAUUCGUAUGACUUGGCUACAACGGCUAUAACCGAGGUUGAAACUAUCAGCUGAUCGCCCAUUACGACGCCAUAUUGCUCAAGUCACAUGCAUACCAUGUAUCCCAAUCGAAUUUUCGGUAUUUGAAUAAUGUUAAAUGAUCGUUUGACAAUGAGAUACAACGUCGUGAUUCUAAAAAUUAAUGCAAAUGUAAUAACAAUGUUCAUUAUUAUAUGUAUG